AUGGUGAUGCUGAAUGUGCACGGCUUGAGCGGGCCCGUGGGCAGCAUCUCUUGCGAUGGAGCUUGGGUCGGGCGCCAGCUUAAGGAGGCCAUUGAGAAGGCAACCUUCGGUGAUUGGUUGGCUUGUGAUCAGCAGCUGGCGAUUGGAGAGCGCAUCAUCGGAGACGAGGACCAUCUGGGCGAGGAUGCCCAAGAGGAAGGCAUCUUGUCCGUGACGCGGUCGAGCUCGUUCCGCUCAUUGAUAUGCAGACAGGCGGCUCAACGACGCCGGAAGGUCUUCGAUGUAGAUGGCUUUGAACGACUCCUUGCAAAGAACAGGGAUGUGAAAAACAUCGGCCAUGACUCAGAGCAUUGGUCAGAACUGGACACCGCUCGCUGGCAUUCUUGGAACUUCACGAUCGCUCUCCGAGAUCGACCUCGGGGGCGAUUCAUGAUAGAAGCUCAGAGGCUGGAAGAAAAGCAUCGCAGGCUGUUCGGGUUAGCCCCCGCGACGUUUUGGUUCUCCGGCACGGAGUCAGAUGAGUCGGAUCAAGAUGAGUCUGAGUCACGCACUUGGUCCAAGGGGGACGCUGCGCGAUUGAAUUUGCUGAACUUGUUGAUUGCGACAUGUCCGACUUCUCUCCCUGCUCUAUCGGAGGAGAACUGGGUCCACUUCGUGGUUGUUCAAUCGAAGCUUCAGAAACUUCAUGAGCGGAAAGCACCAUUUUUGUCUGGGGUUCUCGAGGACCAAGUUGUUCGUUAUCUUGCCAAAGAGUUUCAAGAUAUGUUGGUCCCGGCCCAUUCAGGUUUGCUCUAG